AUGACGAACGCUUCAUCGCGACAGAAGGCCAACAACGGCAAGAACAGCGCCAAGAACGCCCCGGCCGCCGCCGCCGCCGCUCCUGCUAACGCGCAGGUGAAGCCAGUCAGCGCCAAGGCCACGGCUGCGGCGACGCAGGCACCCAAGGCCGCGGUCACCGUCGCUGCAGCCCCGACGCGCGAGGUGGCGUCGGCCGGCAAGAAGCCGAACGCCAACAAGAACGACAACGGCGCCAAGAACGCGACGCCGUUCGCGCUGACCGACAUCACUGCCGGCAGUGUGCAGCGCGCGCGCCAGAUCCGCAAGACGGACUUCGAGCGGUUCCAGAAGUUCCACAACUUCUUCGUCGCCAACGACGAGGCCGCGGCGCGCGCCAUCAACGCCAAGGCCAACGCCAAGCGCGAGCAGGUGGACCAGUGGGUGCGCGGCGCCGUGAACCCCAAGGCGCUCACGUGCAUCCAGGAGAUCCAGGAGACCCAGCAGGCGCUGCUCGUGCUGCUCAUCGUGUCGGCCGCGCUCACCAAGUACGGCGAGAAGGAGCUGGGCCGGCGCGACAGCCUCGGCGAGAUGGACAACGUGAUCGGCGCGCGUUUCGGCACGAGCGGCCUGCGUUCCAAGCAGCACGUGCCGCAGAACCUGCUGAGGCAGAUGGCCAGGCAGGUGCAGUCGGACCGGUUCCAGGAGGCCAUGCAGCAGCUCGGCGGCCAGCACCUGUACGACGCGAUCCGCACGCAGCUCAAGCAGGCCGGCGGCGCGGCGGUGUGGGAGGCCGGCAAGGACCGGCCUGCGCUGCAGGCGAACAACGUCCGUCCUCGCUCAAACUCGGCCGAAAAAGCCGUGAAGCCGCAGCAGAAGCAGAAGCAGGCGCCUCAGCCUGCGAAGAAGAACGCUGGCGGCAAGGCCCAGAUCCAGGCUGUGAAGAAGCACCUGCCCGUGGAGGUCGAGAAGUGGGCGCACGUUCCGCCCCCGGCGCCGGUGGCCGUGAAGGCGGCUGCCAACAACGUCCAGAUCAAGAAGGACGCGGCGGCGCCCAAGACCAAGGCGCAGCAGGUGAAGGGUGCAGUCCCGGAGAAGACGGCCGCUCCGGUGAAGAAUGCUUCGCCCGUGAAGAACGCUGCUCCAGUGAAGAACGCCGCACCAGUGAAGAAUGCGUCCCCCGUGAAGAACGCGUCGCCUGUCAAGAAUGUGUCUCCCGCGGCCGGCUCGAUACCAGGCACUAUCGCACAGAGCCGAUCGGGUGCGAUCGUGAGCAGCGCUACACCCACUGCCGCCGUGCGCACCGGUCGCGCUGGCAACUCCCGCGGCCGUGCCAUGUAGAGAUGGGGGUGCUGGGCUGCGACUUACAAAAUGAGCUACCAUCGACGUCGUAUGUGCUCGUGUUGCCACUCUCCGCUUGAUUGCAGGGGGGGCGCACGUAGCAUUUAUUUGACCGUAAAGCUAAUAUAAAAACUAAU